AAGGUAUAAGAACAUGCACUGUGUCAGUAGCAAGCAUGCAGUCAUGAUGGUUUCAUUUUGUCAAGGUGCACUGCUUCUGAGCCUGGCAGCUGCCAUGGCGGUAUAUGCAGACAUGAAAGUGGACUGUGGGCCAGAUUUUGUGACGCUGAUGUGGACAGAAAGCCGACCCCAGGCUGACAUGUCGCUUCUCCGUCUGGGUAGCUGUUUCCCAACCAGCUUCUCAGCAGGAGAGGCCUACUUCUAUGUGGAUCUCACUGACUGUAACUUUAGGAUACUGGUCACCGGUGAUGUGCUGCUGUACAGCAAUGAUCUGACCUACGUUGCUUCUGAGGAUUCUUACAAUUUGGCCUUCACUCACCCAGUUGUCUGUGCAUAUGAGAGGCCCAAAGACUGGUAUUCCAGCCAGCAGAUCUAUGACCCGGUGUUUAAAACCUACGGCCUAGGAGAUCUGCAGUUUACCAUUGGCCUUAUGAAUGAUGACUUCUCAGGCCCUGCUGAAUCUACAAGCUUUCCUCUGGGCUCCAUCAUCCCCAUCAUGGCUAGUGUGGUGCAGAAGACCCAUCAGCCCUUGCUGAUGCUUCUUGAGGAAUGUGUAGCAGCUACCACGCCAGAGCUGCACCCUGAAAGCACCAUGUACCCUAUAAUCUCCAAUAAAGGAUGUCUUUUGGAAAGUGUGUCGUCACAAUCAAAAUUUGAACCUAGGCAAAAGUCAUCGGAGAUGCGCCUAUCACUUCAGACCUUUAAGUUUGCUAUGGGAGAAGAGGUCUUUAUCCACUGCAAACUUUUGGCUUGGGAUCCCAAUGGUCUUGACAGCACUAAGAAAGCCUGCCACUUUGUCAAAGGGCAUGGUUGGGAGUUGCUGGACAACUUGGCCCAGAGUAAUCUUUGUGACUGCUGUGAAUCGAAAUGCAAGUCAAGGAGGCAGAGGAGUGUUGCGUCAGAGAAACCUCGAAUGGUACAAAAAGCAGUCAUUGGGCCAUUUACCAUCACAGAUGUGAAUUCCUGAAGGAAUGGAUCCAUUUCGCUGACUGGUUUCUUCUAUCUGAAUUCAGUUUUCAUUUUUGGUUCGUAAGCUUAGUGCGAGCCUGUCUCUUUGCAUUUCAGAUUGUAUGUUGCUAAUAAAA